AUGUGGAGCAUCCUGGGAAGACCUGCAUGCAUUGUGUGUCUGUCUUCAGCCUUAUCUGCGAUGGCUCUGCUCAGCCAUGACCACUUACCCAGGCUUAAUCAAAGUCACUUGACUCCCUUGCUGAUGAUGACUCGAAGGCUAGGUCUGAAAGUCGAGGGCUCACAAUUCACACUUGAAGGUUCUCCAUUCCGGAUCUUAUCUGGCACUAUAGACUACUUCCGGGUCCCUAGGCAGUCCUGGAGAACCAGCUUGAGGAAGAUGCAGGCCUGUGGCUUCAACACCCUUACCACACAUAUUCCUUGGAACCUCCAUGAACCAGAAGUGGGCCAGUUUCAUUUCAUUGAAAACAUGGACCUCAUAGCUUUUAUCACCAUGGCUUCAGAGGUGGGACUCUGGGUCAUUCUGUGUCCGGGCCCCUACAUUGGCAGUGACCUAGAUCUUGGAGGCUUGCCCAGCUGGUUACUCAGGGAUCCAAAAAUGAAGCUUCGGACAACUUACAAGGGAUUCACCAGAGCAAUGAAUCGGUAUUUUGACCGUCUGAUUUCCAGGAUAGGACAAUACCAGUACAAAAGAGGAGGCCCUAUCAUUGCCGUGCAAAUCGAGAAUGAAUAUGGUUCCUACUAUAUGGAUAAAAAAUAUAUGGCUUAUGUAAAAACGGCUUUAGAGUCGAGAGGGAUCAACGAGAUGUUCAUGACUGCGGACGAUGGUGUGAAUCUGAAAAGGGGCCACUUGAAAAAUGUGCUGGCCACUGUUCACAUGAAGAAUAUAAAGCAAAAAACAUAUGAUGAUCUCAAAGCCAUUCAGGGUAGAAGCCCUAUACUGAUGAUGCUAUAUACAGCAGACUCUUUCGACACCUGGGGAGCUCUCCGCCAAAUUGGAAAUCCACACCUGCUGAGGAAGGAUGUUUUUGAGAUGUUCAGCCUUGGGUUCUCCCUCAACUUCUACAUGUUCCAAGGUGGCACCAACUUUGGCUUCAUGGGUGGAGCUCAGUCUUCCAACGGUUACCAACCUGUGGUAACCAGCUAUGAUUACAGUGCACUGCUGACAGAGAGUGGAGAAUACACAUCCGAGUACGAGGCAUUUCAACAUUUCUUCCACCUUGUUACAGAUGUUUCCUCAGACUUUCAGCCACAAGCUAUACAAAUGAUUGCCUAUGAGCCAUUGACAUUGCUAUAUUUCAUGACCCUGUGGGAAGUCCUGCCCCGUCUGGCCCACCCCAUCAAGUCUGUCAAGCCACUCUCCAUGGAACAGCUGCCUGUGAACAAUGACAAUGGCCAGUCCUUUGGGUACACCCUUUAUGAGACCACCAUCUUCCAUGAUGGCCUCCUCACAUCAAGGGGUCAUAUUCAAGACCGGGGGCAGGUGUUUUUGAAUAAAAACUAUAUAGGAGCCCUGGAUCAUUCCAACGAUGAGCUGUCUAUUCUGAGAAGUAACCCAAAGAAAAGCCAGAUUCUGAGGAUCCUGGUGGAGAACCAAGGGCGACUCGCUUCUGGGCAGGAUAUCAACAAUGAGAGAAAAGGUAUAACUGGAGACAUCUAUCUAGACCAUUUUCCACUAAGAAAAUUUACAAUCUACAGCCUGGAUAUGAGAGACAUUUUCUUACAAAGAAAACUUCCCAAGUCCUGGAAAAUAGUGACAAACCAUGUUCAGGGCCCUGCCUUUUUCCUCAGUUACUUGAAAGCUGGAGAUCCUUCCCAGGACACCUUCAUCAAAGUAAAGGGUUGGAAUAAAGGUGUCAUAUUCAUCAAUGGACAAGUUCUAGGAAGAUACUGGAAUAUUGGACCCCAGGAAACCCUCUAUGUCCCUGGCUCCUGGCUUCAUCCUGGAGUGAAUGAGAUCAUAAUUUUUGAGGAAGUAGAAGGCAACACAAAGAUCUCCUUUGCACAAGAAGCUCAGUUAGGACAUUGAAUCUCAAGUAGUGUGAUCUAAGCUAGAAAAUAAACAGCUGAAGCAUGUCCACAGUAGCACUGUGAGUAACCCAUCAGUCCCGACACAUAGGUGGGUCUCUGCAGCAACACUGGCUUCAUUUUCUACCCCGUGCCAGGCUUGGGUUCCACUGUCCACCUCCUCAUUGCACAGCAAACUCGUCUUUUAACUUGUUAGCUCAUAUGUUUCUGAUGCUUACAACAUAAUGAGUUUUACUUGUACAUUUCCUUUGUCAUGUUUGUUCUGUUAAAAAGCCCUUUG